CGGUUGUUCGUUGCGCUCAGGCUCCGGCGAGGACUGUCUCCGCCUCCUCUUCCCGCGACCUCCUUAGUCCUCAGCAUCUUCCUCGCGCUCCUUAAAAGAACCCCCUCAAGCCCCACCCGCGGAAACGAGGCCUCGGAAAUUCAGGGGAGUGGCUGUGGGGGCUCGUCGCGGCUCCCCGCUCGGCCAGCCCCUCUUCCUAGAUAUGGUCUGAUCCCCAUUGUAAAAGCUGCGCCCUGAAGAGGAGGAGAGUGGUGUUCCCGGCUUGGGGCUGCAGGAAUCUCUUCGUGCCGACGCUCUUGCAUUAUUUUAGGGUGGGGUGGGGAGGGCCCUGGAUUUUGAGGAGUGGGGGUGGGCGGGGAGGAGGACCGGUGGGGAAAGGACUCUGUGAGGGAGCCGGUGAAAGACUAUGGGGAAGGACCAGGAGCUGCUGGAAGCUGCCCGCACUGGAAAUGUGGCUCUGGUGGAGAAACUCCUGUCUGGCAGGAAAGGAGGGAUCCUGGGCGGUGGAUCCGGACCCUUGCCCCUGUCUAAUCUGCUAAGCAUCUGGCGAGGCCCCAAUGUGAACUGCACAGACAGUUCGGGUUACACUGCUUUACACCAUGCAGCCUUAAAUGGACAUAAGGACAUAGUUCUCAAACUACUUCAGUAUGAGGCAUCAACAAAUGUAGCAGACAACAAAGGUUAUUUUCCCAUUCAUCUGGCUGCCUGGAAAGGAGAUGUAGAAAUUGUGAAGAUUCUUAUUCAUCAUGGACCAUCACAUUCCAGAGUCAAUGAACAGAACAAUGAAAAUGAAACUGCCCUGCACUGUGCAGCUCAAUAUGGACACUCAGAAGUAGUUGCUGUUCUUCUAGAAGAGCUCACCGAUCCUACCAUCAGGAACAGUAAGCUAGAAACACCUUUGGAUCUGGCAGCCCUCUAUGGACGACUUAGGGUGGUCAAAAUGAUCAUUAGUGCACACCCUAACUUAAUGAGCUGCAACACUAGAAAGCACACGCCACUCCACCUGGCUGCUCGCAAUGGUCACAAAGCAGUCGUUCAGGUGCUGUUGGAAGCAGGAAUGGAUGUGAGCUGUCAAACAGAAAAGGGGAGUGCACUUCAUGAAGCAGCGUUAUUUGGAAAGGUGGAUGUUGUGAGAGUUCUGUUAGAAACAGGAAUUGAUGCCAACAUAAAGGAUAGCUUAGGUAGAACUGUCUUAGACAUUCUGAAAGAACAUCCAUCUCAGAAAUCUCUCCAGAUUGCAACACUCUUACAAGAAUAUUUGGAAGGCGUGGGAAGAUCAGCAGUCCUUGAAGAGCAUGUACAAGAAGAUACAACACAAGAAAUACAUAUUUCAUCUCCUGCUGAGUCUCCUUCCCAAAAGACUAAGAGUGAAACUGUGACUGGAGAAUUAUCAAAACUCUUGGAUGAAAUAAAACUCUGUCAGGAAAAGGAUUAUUCAUUUGAAGAUUUGUGCCACACAAUAUCAGACCACUACUUAGAUAAUUUGAGCAAGAUUUCAGAGGAAGAACUUGGGAAAAAUGGAAGCCAGAGUGUAAGAACUUCAUCUACAAUAAAUUUGUCACCAGGAGAAGUGGAAGAAGAAGAUGAUGAUGAAAACACUUGUGGGCCCUCAGGACUCUGGGAAGCAUUAACUCCUUGUAAUGGAUGUAGGAACCUUGGCUUCCCCAUUCUUGCACAGGAGUCCUAUCCAAAGAAGAGGAAUUACACUAUGGAAAUUGUACCAUCUGCUUCUCUGGAUACAUUUCCUUCGGAAAAUGAGAACUUUCUAUGUGAUCUCACGGACAUAGCCGUUACAAAAAAACCUUGCUCCUUAGAAAUUGCAAGGGCCCCUUCUCCAAGAACUGAUAAUGCAUCUGAGGUAGCAAUUACUGCUCCAGGAAGUAGUAACCAUAGAAACAGCUCGACAGGCCCAACACCUGACUGCUCACCUCCAUCCCCUGACACUGCCCUCAAAAAUAUUGUAAAAGUUAUUCGACCCCAGCCUAAACAACGAACAUCUAUUGUGUCUUCUCUGGAUUUUCAUCGAAUGAAUCACAACCAAGAAUAUUUCGAAAUCAACACAUCUGCAGGGUGUGCAAGCUUUACUUCCAGCCCCCCUGUUAGUCCACCCACCUCUUCUGUGGGAACCACAGAAGUCAAGAACGAGGAAACUGGCCAUACAGAUGACCCUUCUCAACAGGAAGACAGUGAUCCUCCAAGAGAAUAUGAUCCUGGGCAAUUUGCAGGCCUUCUCCAUGGAUCCUCUCCAGCCUGUGAGUCCCCUGAAAAUCCAUUUCAUCUCUACGGGAAAAGAGAUGAACGUGAAGAAGGACAAGAGGAAGUCAGUUUGGCAAAUAGUCCUCUGCCUUUCAAAAAGUCUCCAAUAGCAAAUAACUCAGAAACUUUGGUAAAGAAAAUUAAACCCAAAGUGGUCAGUCGAACAAUUUUUCACAAAAAAAGCAACCAACUUGAAAACCAUACCAUUGUUGGCACAAGAACAGCUAGGAGUGGAUCCCGGAAUGGGGACCAGUGGAUUGUGAACACAGGAGGGUUUGUGGAGCGAGCCUGUACCUUGGGGAGAAUAAGGUCAUUGCCAAAAGCCCUAAUUGAUAUGCAUUUAUCAAAAAAUGUCUCUAAAUCGGAUUCUGAUCUCAUUGCAUACCCUUCAAAUGAGAAAACAUCAAGGGUUAACUGGAGUGAAUCUUCAACUGCCGAACAUAGUUCUAAAGGGAAUUCUGAAAGAACACCAUCCUUCACUUCUGAAUGGGAAGAAAUUGACAAAAUAAUGAAUUCCAUAGAUGUUGGAAUUAACAGUGAACUUAAAGAAAUGAACGGUGAGACCACAAGACCCAGAUGCCCCGUCCAAACAGUGGGACAAUGGUUGGAAAGCAUUGGGCUACCUCAGUACGAGAACCACCUGAUGGCUAAUGGAUUUGACAAUGUACAGUUUAUGGGAAGCAAUGUUAUGGAAGAUCAGGAUUUGUUGGAAAUCGGAAUCCUUAAUUCUGGGCACAGACAAAGAAUUCUACAGGCAAUCCAGCUCCUUCCAAAGAUGAGACCCAUUGGCCACGAUGGCUAUCAUCCCACUUCUGUCGCUGAGUGGCUGGAUUCCAUUGAGCUAGGUGACUACACCAAAGCCUUUCUAAUUAAUGGCUACACAUCGAUGGACCUGUUGAAAAAAAUCUGGGAGGUUGAACUUAUUAACGUUUUAAAAAUCAAUUUGAUUGGCCACAGGAAACGUAUUUUGGCCUCUCUGGGAGACAGGCUGCACGACGACCCACCACAGAAGCCCCCUCGGUCCAUCACCCUCAGGGAUCCCAGUGGUAAUCACACUCCUCCUCAGUUGUCUCCAUCACUUAGCCAAAGCACUUACACCACUGGUGGCUCCCUAGACGUUCCUCACAUUAUCAUGCAGGGCGAUGCAAGGAGGAGAAGAAAUGAAAACUACUUUGAUGAUAUUCCCCGAUCAAAACUGGAGAGGCAGAUGGCCCAGCAAGCCAUCCAGAUGACAGAAGGGAUGGAAAGCAAAGAUGUCUGGGGAGCGGGGGAUGCCACUGUCACCGGACAGAGAGAUGUUAAAUUUCUGCAGUCGUCUGUCUGUGAGAUAUGGACGAAUCAGAACGCUGGAUUUCCUUUCUCAGCCAUCCAUCAGGUUCAUAAUACAGGAGACUGGGGAGAACCUUCCAUUACCUUGCGACCUCCAAAUGAAGCCACGGCCUCAACUCCAGUACAAUACUGGCAACAUCACCCAGAAAAGCUCAUCUUCCAAUCGUGUGAUUACAAAGCUUUUUAUUUAGGUUCUAUGCUGAUAAAAGAGCUCAGAGGGACAGAAUCAACCCAAGAUGCCUGUGCAAAAAUGCGGGCUAACUGUCAGAAGUCUACAGAGCAAAUGAAGAAGGUCCCCACUAUUAUUCUUUCGGUCUCUUAUAAAGGAGUCAAAUUUAUUGAUGCAACAAAUAAGAACAUAAUUGCUGAGCAUGAAAUUCGUAAUAUCUCCUGUGCUGCGCAGGACCCGGAAGACCUCUCAACAUUUGCUUAUAUCACAAAAGAUUUGAAGUCCAAUCACCACUACUGUCACGUGUUUACCGCCUUUGAUGUGAAUUUAGCCUACGAAAUCAUCCUAACACUGGGACAGGCAUUUGAAGUUGCUUACCAACUCGCACUACAAGCAAGAAAAGGGGGCCAUUCCUCUACACUUCCAGAAAGCUUUGAAAACAAACCCUCCAAACCCAUCCCCAAGCCUCGUGUCAGCAUUCGCAAGUCAGUGAUCGACCCAUCUGAGCAAAAGACUUUGGCCAAUCUGCCGUGGAUCGUGGAGCCGGGACAAGAAGCCAAGAGAGGAAUUAAUACCAAGUAUGAAACCACAAUUUUCUGAUACUCACCAUCCUCCUGUCCUCG